AUGUCAAAGCUUCCAAAGAAGGUUGUUCUUCGCGUUCCUGCAACGACAGCGAAUUUGGGUCCAGCAUAUGAUGUUCUUGGCAUGGCUCUUUCUAUCUUUAUGGAGGUUACGGUGGAGUACGCGGAUGCAUUCUCAUUACAUCUUGAGGGUGAUGGAAGUGAGCAUAUACGCACCGAUCGAGAAAAUUUGUUGGUGAAAGCGUGUGAACGUGCUUUUGAGUAUGCACAGAAGGAAAUGCCUCCCCUGAAGUUCCUCGUGAAGAGCAAUAUUCCGUUUGGCUGUGGGUGUGGAUCUUCUUCUGCCGCCGCGGUAGCGGGAUUUGUUGCUGGGAUGAAACUUUGUGGGCUCUCAUUGGAAGAAGAAAAGGAGGAGGCUAUUCUGCAAGUGAUCGCCGAGUUUGAGGGUCACCCCGACAAUGCAGCUCCUGCACUUUAUGGGGGUAUUCAGCUGGGGUACAAGGAUAAUACGGGUCGCUUCUUAACUCAUCGAGUUCCCACAGCAACAUUCUUUUCAGUCGUCUUAUUUGUCCCAAAGGAUAAAAUGAAGGUGAAUACACACGCAACCCGCGAUCUGAUUCCAAGUACUGUUUCACUUGAAGACGCUGUCUUUAAUGUUUCUCGCGCCUCUGUUCUUGUGCUGGCAUUCUGCACCGGAAACCUUGACCUACUAAAGUGUUGUGAUGACAAACUGCAUCAGCAGCAACGAGCUGAUGCUCUUUUUCCUCAUUUCCGCCCCUGUGUUAAUGCAGCUAUGGCUGCUGGCGCCCAGUACGCCUUCCUUUCGGGUGCCGGACCUACAGUCUGUGCGUUCGUAAGUGGCCAGUAUGGUGAUCCCUUGAUUGAUCCAAGAAGCAAACACAAUGCUGAAACUGUUGCUGAUGCCAUGCUUCAAGCGGCAAAUGCAGUGGGUAUACCUGGCCGCGUUAUACUUACACGCCCAUCCGAGCAAGGGGUCCAUCUCGUUGGAGUGACAUCCAUUCGACCUGAAUUUGAGUACAUAUCGAUUUGA